AUGAGCCAACACAAGUUCACUAGUGAUCUUCUCUCUGAAUUUAAUUGCCAACGCUUCUCCCCUGUGAUGACUCCCUUGGAUCCCUCUGUUAAGCUUGCCUUGAAUAUGGAUGCUCCUAUUUCUGACCUCAGCUUGUACAGAAUAUUAAUUGGGAAGCUCAACUUCCUUCAACACAAUAGGCCUGAUAUUUCAUUCUCAGUACAAUAUCUGAGUCAAUUCCUCCAAAAGCCAAAAAUGCCUCAGAUGCUAUCUGCUAUACAUGUACUCAGGUAUUUGUUGAAUGACCCUGCCCAAGGUAUCCUCCUCUACAACUCUUCUGAUUUCUCUUUGCAAGCCUACUGUGACUCUGAUUGGGCAACCUACUCUAUCUCUUGCAAGUCCGUGACCGUCUAUUACAUCACUCUUUGA